AUGGCUACUGCAUUGCACACCGCUAACGAGUUUGUGCUUUUGUCACUGCCCAUGAACGCGCAGCCCGCGUCGGCGCCAGGCAAGUCUGCGACUUCCUGGCUCCACGAGAGCCUGGUCGGCGGAAGAACGUUCGUCUCGGAGUUCCACAUCCCAGAGUUCAAGAUCGGGUCUCUGGACACCCUGGUGGUUCAGUCCGAGGAGUUGGCCAAGAUCGACUCGCAGAUUGGAAGCUCGGUGGCCAAAAUUCUGGAAAUCUUGGGCAACUUGACUGAAUCGCAGACCAACGCUUACAAGACCGUGCCCAUCGGCAACGUCCCAAUCCCUGAGUACCUGGAGAAUUUCCAAUGGCAAACACGCAAGUUCAAGCUCGACCGUUCCAUCAAGGAACUUAUCGAGGAAAUCUCUCGCGAGUCUUUCCAGCUUGACGCUGAUGUCAGGGCCACUAGUACCAACUACAGCAACGCAAAGACCAACCUCGCUGCUGCCGAGCGUAAGCGCACUGGUGACCUUUCUGUUAGAUCUCUCCACGAUAUUGUUAAGCCUUCGGACUUUAUUUUGGACUCCGAAUAUCUCACUACGGUUCUUGUUGCUGUCCCUAAAAACCUUCAAGACGACUUCCAGAAGUCUUACGAGAGUCUUGCCAAGAACGUUGUCCCUUGCUCGGCUUCCGUUUUGAAGCGCGACGAUGACUACGUGUUGUUCAAUGUGCAUUUGUUCAAGAAGUCUGUCAACGAGUUUGUCUCUGCCUGCAGAGAAAGGAAGUUCAUUCCUCGUGAGUUCGAGUACUCUGAAGAGCUGAUCAACCAGUUGACUAAGGAGCAUGACUCUGCGGCCCAUUUGGAGCAGUCCCUCCGUGUGCAGCUUGUCCGCCUGGCCAAGACCGCCUACUCCGAUGUUUUCAUGAACUGGUUCCAUAUCAAAGCUUUGCGUAUUUUCGUGGAGAGCGUUUUGAGAUACGGUCUCCCCCCACACUUCAACACCAGCUUGAUUGCUGUUCCUCCCAAGACUUUGUCUAAGUGCAAGGCGGAGCUUGUUCAGCAGUUUGGCUACUUGGGAGGUAACGCGUUUUCCAAGGACAAGGCAGGCAAAAUAAAGCAGCAGGACAGCUCUUUGCAUGAGUACGCAUCGCUGGUUGACACGGAGUACGAGCCUUUCGUGAUGUACACGGUCGAAUUGUGA